CCCGUCCCGCUUCCCAAUUGUUCCCAUUCUAUGCCUUCACAGGAACUCCACUCACUUUCUCUCUCCUCUCCUCUCAGUCUCAGACUUAUUUUAGUUUCUUCUACUUAGAAUCGAUCUUGUUAUUAUUGAUCCUAUCCUAAUGUUAUUAUCUGGCCUACUCGCGCCUUACCCAAAAAGACUCGUUGUAUUUCCUCUAUCUUAAUGGUAGUUUGAUGUUUGAUGGCUGCAAUCUCUCAACCCUCCCAAAACACAUCACUACCUAGACACGACCACGAGCCUCGCCAUCGACCAUCCCGCACGAACUCAACCUCUAACGCAGCCGUGCACGCAAGAAUCCAAAAGCCGCCCUCCGCUUCUAUAAGAAAAGUACCCUAUUCGGGCGACCCAACUGAGUCUGUCGCUGAUAGCCCGGUUGUGGUGCACUCCCACAAUUUUCGUCAACACCAAGCCAGUGCCUCGACCGGAUCUGCUUCUCUCUCUAGGAACCCGAAGUCUGGAGGGCUGUUCGCUUUUGCCGCUGCCGCGAUUGACAAGACCAUUGCCAACAUAUCAGAACCUACAAUUCGCAGCCGUCCAUCUGCCUCCGCCCUCAGUCGAUUAUCUGUCGUGCUAGAUUCUCCUACGAGCACUGACAGUUCGAACUCAGACAAAUCCUCUCGAAUUCGAAGUUUUUCUAGCAAUUCUUCCGGCCCAUCAACGCCGUCUCUUCUAGGCCCUCUCUCUGACGCGAAGCGGCCGAGUCAAUCGUCGCUAAGAGAUCCUAUUUCGAAACCAUAUUCUGAGACAGACGCAAGCCGACCCCCUCCCAUUUUAGUACCUGCCAGCUUGGAAAACAAAAUGCAUCAAACAUCUUCUAGGUUGCUCCGUAUGACGGAUGACGACCGUCCAUUUACCAAAGACUUCAAAGACCUUUUCUCGACCUUAAUCGUCAGUUUGCUUCCGUUGUCUGCUCACCGAGUACGAUUAACGCGAAUCGAACACACAUUUCUGUCAGAAGAUGCGAUCAAUAAUUUGGGCUCGUUGAAAUUCUCUCAAUCUAAUCGAAUGCCUGAUCCAAAGGAUCCGUCGCGCAUCGUGACGACAACGACUACGACUACUUUCUCUAUGGCGAAGGAUAUGGCUAGGUCGAUAUGUCAACGCUUUUUGGACGCUAGGUUUAUUGAAUCGGCCGAUGGCAAAAUGCAGCAAGUCUACACGAUGAAGGGAUCUGUAUGGCAAUUGACACCGAAGGGAGUUUGUGUGUUGGAUCGUUUCUGUUCGAGAAAUGGUAUUCAACAAAGACAGAUUAGCGACCUUAUCGCCCUCGGAAUGAGUUAUCUGUGUAUCUUGGAAAGAGACAGCCAAACUGACAAGCUGGUAAUGGAUCGGGGAACGAUGGAAGUCAUCUUCAGGAGAAUGAUUGGUGCUAAUGGUCUCAAUGUAAAAUCAAGUGUCAGCGCCGCCGACUCGGACUCGUUGAGCGACUACCGAGACGGUCUUACGGGUGUGAAAAUGGCCGGCGAACGCAAAAUAGGAGGGAGAACGUAUAAAGAUACGUUCACCGGUAAGGCGUGUUCCGACUGGCUAAUGGAUUGUUGCACCACUGUCGAUCGCCGCGAAACUUUUGAGAUGGGUACGCUCUUUGUUCAAUACGAGCUUAUGGAGCCUGUCCAGCAUGACCGAGUACAUAUGGCAACUUCGUCCGGCAACAAUCCGUUCCAACCUACUAAAAAUGCCAUCUACCAGUUGACGGCAAAGGGACGGGAUAUCCUUACCGGCGGCUCAGGAAGAGGGCGCACGUCCGAGAGCGAAGGAAUGGCAUCAUCGCGGACAGGAAUCGCUAGGGACUCCAACACACAACGUCUUGAUAAGAUCUUGAACGAUGCUGCUUUGCGACUAUUAUUCCGAGAGAACCUGCGGGAAACCCACUGCGAAGAGAAUCUGUCGUUCUAUUUGGAUGUAGAAGAUUUUGUGUCAGGUUGCCGUUCAGCAAUUAAGCAGGCCCAGAAGAAUCCUGGUGCGACAUCGAUGGACGGAAUCAAGGAAAUUAUGGCGCAAGCAUAUGGCAUUUACAACGCAUUCCUGGCGCCGGGUUCACCUUGCGAGCUGAAUAUCGAUCAUCAACUGCGCAACAACCUUGCCACUCGUAUGACGAAAGCAGUGGGACAAGAUGUGACGAUGAUCGACACUUUACAUGAGGUGACGACUCUUUUUGAAGAUGCCCAAAAUGCCGUUUUCAAGUUGAUGGCUAGCGACUCUGUACCCAAGUUUUUGCGGAACACGAAGUAUGAGCACACGUUGAAGAAUUAUGAUUUUGAUGCGAUCGUUCUUAGUGGACGCGGACCGGAAAGAAGCCAGAGCCAAUCGAACCGGAAGUGAAAGAAACGAUGAUUCGGCGCAUUUUCGAGUCGCCGUACGUGGACCAGACAUUCUAUUGUAGGCCAGCCCACUUUAGCUUGGAUGACCGACCUAUCUAUUCGACAUCGAUCCUCGACGAUUUAUUCUACUUUUCUUGCUAAUGCAACGUCACCUUUGGAGCGGCGUUUGAUUGCAAAGACCUAAUAGCAAUCUCUGACAUUUUGGUUCUCGACUAAGACUUUCUUUGUUUACC